AUGGCUAGUUUACUUCGAGGAGGUAUUAAAACAGUGACUGUCAUUGGAGGUGGUCUAAUGGGCUCAGGAAUAGCACAAGCAACUGCAACUAAUCAUCAAGUUAUACUUGUUGAUCAAAAACAAGAAUUUCUUGAUAAAAGUUUAAAUAUAAUUGAAACAAGUUUAAAACGUAUAAUUAAAAAAAAAUUUGAUAAAGAUCAAGAAAAAGGUGAAAAAUAUUUAAACGAUAUUAAAAAUCGUAUUAAAACAAGUUUAAAUGUUAAUGAUGCUGUUAAAUCGACAGAUAUUGUUAUUGAAGCUAUUAUUGAAAAUCUUGAAGUAAAACAAAAAUUAUUUAAACAAAUUGAUCAAGUUGCACCAAAACAUACAAUUUUUACAAGUAAUACAUCAUCAUUACCAAUAACAGAAAUAGCAAAAGAUGUUCAGCGACAAGAUAAAUUCGGUGGUUUACAUUUUUUUAAUCCAGUACCUGUUAUGAAAUUACUUGAAGUCAUUCGUACAUCAUCAACAAGUGAUGAAACAUUUCAAACAAUGUUAAAUUUUGGUAAAGCAUUAGAAAAAACAACUGUUUCUUGCAAAGAUACUCCAGGUUUUAUUGUUAAUCGAUUAUUAAUACCUUAUCAUGCUGAAGCAGUACGAAUGAUUGAACGUGGUGAUGCAACACCUGAAGAUAUUGAUACUGCAAUGAAAUUAGGUGCUGGUUAUCCAAUGGGACCAAUUGAAUUAAUGGAUUAUGUCGGUUUAGAUACAUCAAAAUUUAUUACUGAUGGAUGGCAGAAACGUUAUCCUGAUGAACCAACAUUUCGAACAAGUGAUUUAAUUAAUAAGCUUGUGCGUGAAGGAAAACUUGGUAGAAAAACAAGUGCUGGUUUUUACAAAUAUUCAAAAUAA